UACACUUUAAUCUUUUCAAGUGUCGAUCCAGAAUUCAAGUAUCUGUGUUCAGCUUGAGUUUUCUUCUUCUUCCGGACAUCUUAAAUCGAUUGUAUUUAUCAUUAGCAUCAUUUUGAUUUCGAGCUUAAUUGUGGUGUGAUUAAUCAAGAGUUCUGAACAGAGAAAAUGGAUGCAAAAGCGUUGGCAAAGUCAAAGAGAGCUCAUUCGUUACAUCUUAAUAAGAAGCAUAAUCCACAUCAUGCAUCUAAGGGGUCUUCUGCUGUUUCUGGCACGUCUGUCGGUGAUAAGAAGGCUACUGUCAAGCAAGUUAAGGAAAAGCCUAAACCGAAGCUCCCAUCGAAUUGGGAUCGAUAUGAAGAAGAAAAUUCUGAUUCUGAAACUGCAACCCCGGCAGGCGCAAGUAAUGCAAGUGAUGUGGUCGAGCCGAAAAGUAAAGGGGCAGAUUAUGCAUACUUGCUUUCAGAGGCUAAGGAUCAGCUUCAGUAUUCUUCAGAGGAUGUUUCUUUUGGUGAUGAUAUUUUAGAUGACUUUUAUCAGGGCCUAGGAGCAUUACUCUCUGCAAAAGGGCAAAGCAAGUUAUCGUGGAUAGCAGAAGAAAAUUUUGCAAUGGAAGAUAAGGCACCUCCUCCCACUAAGGCAUCAUUUCUUUCACUUGAUCUGCAAGCUCUUUCAGAGCAGCUUGAAAGAGCACGUCUACAAGAGAGACUUUUCAUUGAACCAGAUUUACUUCCUUUGGUACUGAGCGAUCAGGAGUCGCAAUCAGCAGCUAAAGAGAAACAUGACGGCGAUCUAGCUUCAAGCAAGAGUUCAACAGCGGAAAAAGACUUCAAUUCAUUAACCUCCACUAACAAAAGCAACGAAAACAGGCAUCAACAUUCGCAUCUGGGCACCACAAGCAGCAGUAGCAGACAUCCAACUUUAGCUUAUGAAUCCUCUAACCCUUCGACUGCAUUCAAGGACGAGGCUGGACAAAAUGAUACACUGAUGUGUGUUUCUAAGAAACCGUCUGCAUUUAAGGCAGCAGCUGCAGAAGCAGAGCUUGACAUGCUUCUUGAUUCAGUCACCGAGAUUGAAAUUUGUGAGUCCACGAAUGUUAUUGACCAGUCUAUUCGUCCUUACCCCGUGACACAAGCAGGAACACCAACUCCGUUAGCAGAAGGAACUUCAUCUACACGGGAGGUCUCCACCCAGCCCAGGCGAGGCCACGAUCUACUACCCACACCUGCAAUAUCAGAUAUCAGUUUGGACGAUACACUGGAUGAUCUUCUCAAAGAAACAUCCACUGUGACUAACAAAAACGAGCAUUCGCUACCUACUGAGGUAAGCUCCAUUGCUGGUCAUACACCCUCUGCUUCUCAACCUGUCUCCAAGUCCAAAAUUAUCGAUGAUUUUGAUUCAUGGUUUGACACAUUGUAACUGAACCACAGAUUGGGAAAAAAAUUCCAUGUUAAGCACAAAUUGUGUAAUUCUGCGUGUUAGGCUGUUAGCCUUCUACCAUUCGUGUUAAAAAUCUAACCUUGUCAA